AUGAAGCCACUCGGGAGCGAAGAAGCUUUUCUAGACAGGAUAAUUCAAGAAGAAAAUCCUGAAAAUUUAAUUGAAGACAUCAUAGUUGAUGCGGAACAAGAGUUCAACAAUGAAGAGGGGGAGGAACAGCAAGAGUCAAACUCUGCUAGAAGAGAAUCAGAAUUCGACGGGGAAUACACAACCGACGAUACAAACUCUGAUUCAUCAUAUCAAAACGGCUUGACCAGACCCAGUACAUUAAUGGGAGGCAUAGAAGCCGAUAAUAAACAAAUAAUAUCGUCCGAGGAAGAGGACGAAAAUAAAAUAAUAGUUGUCAGCAGCGAAAGUACAAACGAGUCAAUAGACUUGAAGAAGAGGAGGAGGAACGAACGCACUUGGAAGAGACGACAAAAUAUCGCGGCUAAAAACAACGCAUCAAGGGCGAGAGAUCCCGUCGAGGUGUUUACAACUCAUCGUCAAAAAGAUGUGCCAGUCGUAGUAAAAAAUCAGUCAAGGACCCGAGGAUCAAAUAGUUCGUACGAAGAAAAGAGGAGAAAGCAGGAAAAACAAUCGCAAUUUCAAGAACACCAGCCAGACGAGCUGUGGGACCAAAUGGAAUUAGCGAAAACUUUAGCCUAUAAGGCUGAUUCGCAUGCAGAGGACAACAAUAAUAAACCGAAUAUAUGGAUUCGUAAACGAAACGAUCCAAACAAUAAUAAAUUUAACAACAAGUUAAAUAAAUCUUUCAAAUCGUCGAGCGACGAAGAUUUCAUUACCACUUCAAAGAAGAGGAAAUGGCGAGGAGUGAAGAGACACUCUGACGACCCUACAUCAAUAAAGAUUUUAGCCAACGGCCGAAACUACAACCGAAGAUCUCAAGAUUCCAACAAGAGGAAUGGAAAUUGGCGAGGAGUCAACGGGGAUUCCGACAAAUCGUCACAAUCAAGCUGGAGAUCAAAUUCUACAAAAGAAAGUAGAAAAUCUAAAAGUUUCUCUCCGCAAAAUGCAAAUAAUGCUAGGAGAAAACCAAUAAUUAAAGAUAUAUCGCAAUGCGAUAUGAAAAUUAAGAUACAGCCUAGAAAUACUCAACCUACGGCUAGUAAUAAUAAUAAAACAAUGGUUUUCAAUAACCAAAUGAAGAAUAAACCAGGUUUCGCAACCCAAAGAGGAGUUCUCAACAACACCGAACAGAGGAAUGCAUCGAACAAACCUGAAGAAUUACAUGAAAACUCACCGGAGCUACCAACCAAUAGGAAACCCGGAAAUCUAAAUGACAGAAUUGUCAUACCCUCGACAAAUAUAACGAAUAAACGAAGAAAUAGGAAAUAUAAUAAACAAAUUUCCAAUAAUGAUGUGAAUAAUAACAGUCGAGAGGAUAAUACAUACAAAAAACAAUAUAAAACGCGUGCCAGAAGAUUCUGGAUCGCGCGUGCGCGUCAAACUGGAGGGGGAAGCAGACAAGAAGAACCUCCAGCCAUUCAGACGACAGUAGCAAUCGAAACGUCAGAUUGUAUAGAUGUCAGAAAUAAACAGUGGUCAAGUGACAAAAGAAAUAGUAAAAAAAUGUCACGUCCAUACGAGGAAAUAAAGAAAGAAGACAGAGCUCUUACAUAA